UUGCUGUUCUCACACUCACCAGUUGAACACCGCUAUGGCUCUCCCUCUCACAGGCAAAGUCGCAGUCGUCACAGGCUCAUCACGUGGGAUCGGAGCAGCCAUUGCGCGCAAACUCGCCGCUGACGGCGCAAAUGUUCUCAUAAAUUACGCGUCGGACGCGGCUUCCGCGGCGUCAGUCGUCGACUCAAUAAACAGCGCGUCCGCAUCAGGGUCGGGGAGAGCGAUCGCGGUGCAGGCGGAUGUAGGAUCCACGGAGGGCUCCAAGCGGUUGCUUGACGAGGCAAUCCGUGCAUUCAGCCGGCUAGACAUUUUGGUGCUGAACGCAGCGACUAUGGGUUACGGUACGCUCGCGGACAUAACCGAGGACGCGUACGAGAAGCACUUCAAUCUGAAUGUGAAGGCACCCCUCUUCACAAUCAAAGCGGCUGCACCAUUGAUGACAGAAGGCGGACGAGUGAUCCUCUUUAGCACUUCGCUCACGCGCAACUCUAUGGUGCCCGCCAAUUAUCUCCUCUACGUCAGCACAAAGGGCGCAGUCGACCAGAUGACGCGUGUUCUUGCGAAGGACCUCGGUGCCAGAGGCAUCACGGUGAACACUAUCUCACCUGGUCCAAUCGAUACGGACAUGUUUCGCGCAGGAAAGAGCGAGGAUUUGAUUCAGUUCUUCGCAAACGGGCACCCUCAGAAGCGUAUUGGGGUACCCGACGAGGUUAGCCCGAUCGUCGCGUUCCUUGCGAGUCCACAGGCAAGUUGGGUGAACGGCCAAAACAUCAUGGUGAACGGAGGCUUCACUGUGUAGCAGCCUGGCUGACGAGCAUCUAAUGCGGAGUGUUGAUUCGCGAACACAUCAGAUGGCAUGUUAUCUUUAAAAGUAGACAGACUGUCCAUGAAAUGGAUCUAGUUGGUUGUAGACUCUUACCCCAGUGGCCGACCACUGUGCCUGCGCUGACGCACAGUAGCGUCGUUUGCGUUAUCAGUUUGUCUCGUGAUAAUUCGUAGCAGAAGCUGCAGGAACCUCAAGAGUCUGCUCUCAAGUCGUCUGUGGCGUCACAGACAGCCCGCAGACUCAGUAGCCGAUUGAGGGAACACGGAUCGACGCUCUGCGGCAACAUCAGCGCUAUUUGCCUCACUAGCGGUUUCUUUCGGAUCUGAGUUAUGAUGUAUGAAUUAUUAUCUCCCGCUGAACUCACCUAUUCUUUGAUGGCGCCUGCAACAUUCACAAUGCGGCUAGCAACAG